AGCUGCUUGAGAAGCAACAAAGGUCAUGGAGGUUCAACAGAUCACACACCAUCUUGUCUUUAUGCUUCUGGCUGCUACUGUAAGAUCUCAAGUCAACCCAGAAAUGUGUCGCUAUCCUCUCGGUAUGACCGGUGGGCAGAUUCAGGAUGAAGACAUCUCUGCUUCCAGUCAGUGGUCUGAGUCAACUGCUGCAAAAUUUGGAAGACUUGACUUUGACAACGGAGACGGGGAUGGUGCCUGGUGUCCUGACAUCAUGUCAGAGCCUGAUGGUCUCAAAGAAUAUCUCCAAGUGGACCUGCGGUCACUGCACUUCAUCACACUGGUGGGCACCCAAGGUCGCCAUGCCGACGGCAUGGGUAAUGAGUUUGCCCAGAGAUAUAGGAUCAAGUACAGCCGCGACGGCAGCAACUGGGUGGGCUGGCAUGACAGGAAGGGAAGACAGGUCAUUGAGGGGAACAGGAAUGCGUAUGAUGUGGUGCUGAAGGACCUGGAGCCUCCUAUCAUAGCUCGUUUCAUCCGCUUUAUGCCAGUGACGGACCACUCCAUGUUUGUGUGUAUGAGAGUGGAGCUCUACGGCUGUGAAUGGCUGGAUGGCCUGGUGUCUUACAGUAUCCCAGAUGGGCACCAAAUGAUCUACAGAGGCCUGGAUGUCUACUUCAAUGAUUCUGUGUAUGAUGGAGCAUCAGUUGAAAGUUCUUCAGUCCAUUCCUUUACAAAACUCACAAAGGGACUUGGCCAGCUGACAGAUGGCACUUGGGGUCUGGAUGAUUUCCUCCACAGCCACAUCUACGGCAUGUGGCCAGGAUAUGACUUUGUGGGCUGGAGCAACAAAAGUAUCCCCAAAGGUUACGUGGAGAUGACCUUUGAGUUUGACCACGUCAGAAACUUCACUUCCAUGAAGGUUCACUGUAACAACAUGUUUAGUCGAGGUGUGAGGAUGUUCAGACAGGCCACCUGUUACUUCCGGUCAGAAUCAGACUGGGAGUCAGACCCGGUGUCCUUCAGGCCUACUGUCGACCGUGUGAGCCAAAGUGCCCGUUUUGUCACUGUACCCCUUGGGGACCGCACAGCCAGCGCCAUCAAGUGCCGUUUCCACUUCAGUGACCUUUGGAUGCUUUUCAGUGAAGUGGCCUUCCAGUCAGGUUCAGCAGUGUACAAUACAUCCCUGACUCCUCGUAAACAUGGACACCCAACAAACAUACUACCAGGUGAUGAUCCUACUCACAAACUGGAUGACAGCAAUACCAGGAUCCUGAUUGGCUGCUUGGUGGCUAUCAUUGCCAUUCUAUCAGCUAUCAUAGUGAUCAUCCUGUGGCGUCAAGUUUGGCAGAAGAUGCUUGAGAAGGCAUCCCGGCGCUUGCUAGAUGAUGAACUCACAGCUCGCCUUGCAGUCCAGACCCAGGCCUUCUCCUUCCUCCACUCUUCUCUGUCCACCGAAAGCAGCUCCACCACCAACUCCACCUAUGAGAGAAUCUUCCCCCUUUGCUCCGACUACCAGGAGCCUUCACGCCUCAUCCGGAAACUGCCCGAGUUUGCUCAGUCCACAGAACAGCUUGGUAAGACGACAGAAAGCAUAAUAAAGCACACCUCCUGCAGAGCACUUGCGGCUGGUGGCUCAGACAGUGCCCCCCACUAUGCAGAGGCAGACAUCAUCAGCCUGCAGGAGUCCUCUGACAGCAGCACCUACUCCAUCACGGCUGUCAACAUGAAUCUCUUUGCCGGCACCGAUUCAUCCAUGAGAGAAUUCCCCAGAAACAAGCUCACCUUCAAGGAGAAACUGGGAGAGGGCCAGUUUGGAGAAGUGCACUUGUGUGAAGCAGAGGGCAUGCAGGACUUUUUGGAUGAGGAUUUGUCUAUAGAGGGAAACAAUGAGUCACCACUGCUGGUUGCUGUUAAAACACUGCGAGAAGAUGCCAACAAGAAUGCAAGGAAUGACUUCCUGAAGGAGAUCCGAAUCAUGUCUCGUCUGCGGGACCCCAACAUCGUCCGUCUGCUGGCGGUGUGUGUGGACACAGACCCUCUGUGUAUGAUCACUGAGUACAUGGAAAACGGAGACCUCAACCAGUUCCUCUGCAAUCUCAGGCUAAAGGAGGCUGCCGAUGAAGACAAGACAGGACAAGAGGAGAAACAGGAUAAAAGUAUGGUCAGCUACAGUAAAUUGAUUGGCAUGGCCGUGCAGAUUGCAUCAGGUAUGAAGUACUUGUCCUCUCUCAACUUUGUCCAUCGUGAUCUGGCCACCCGUAACUGCUUGGUGGGUAAGAACUACACCAUAAAGAUUGCAGAUUUUGGCAUGAGUCGCAACCUGUACCGCGGGGACUACUACCGGAUCCAGGGCCGAGCCGUCCUUCCCAUUCGCUGGAUGUCAUGGGAAAGCAUCCUACUGGGUAAAUUCACCAUGGCCAGUGAUGUGUGGGCGUUUGGUGUUACUCUGUGGGAGAUUCUGACUCUGUGUAAGAAGCAGCCGUACUCUCAGCUAUCUGACGAGCAGGUCAUUGAAAACACAGGCGAGUUCUUCAGGGACCAGGGCAAGCAGGUCUACCUGCCAAAGCCUCCCUGUUGUCCUGACAGAGUGUACAACGAUCUGAUGCUGAGCUGCUGGAGGAGAAACGCCAAGCAGAGGCCGAGCUUCCAGGAAAUACAUAGCCGGCUGAUGGAGAGCAUGGCGUAG